CUGGCUCCCGAUCGCGGCUCAUCCCAUUUCUCCCUAGCCAACAUCCCCUUUGGCAUCAUUUCCACCAAGGCACUACCUAAUCUUCGCCCGGCAUCCAUCAUCGGAACCCAUGUGAUUGAUCUUCAAGCUUUUGCUGAAGGUGGCGGGUUUUCGCCCCUGGAAGCACUCAAGCCUCACAUUGGUGUUUUCUCGCAGCCUCGACUGAAUGCAUUCGCGGCUCUAGGGCGCCCUAUUCACUCUCAAGUGCGGUCGUACCUCCAGGAAGUGUUUUCUGAAGAUGGCUCUUAUCCUCACAUUUUACGAGACAACAGUGACCUUAGGAGCAAGGUACUUAUUCUUGCUUCAGAGGCAACCACGCAUCUACCUCUGGAGAUCGGAGAUUAUACCGACUUCUUCGCCGGUAUCAACCAUGCUUUCACUGUUGGCUCAUUGUUCCGAGGACCUGAAAAUGCUUUACAGCCCAACUACAAGCAUCUCCCAGGUACCUACCACAGCCGAGCGUCUUCGGUAGUUGUCUCUGGCACUCCGGUCCGGCGACCUUGGGGCCAAAUUCUCACCGCGCCUCCAAGUGUCACGCCUCAAGCGCCAGUUGUUGCCCCUUGCCGACGCCUAGAUAUCGAGCUCGAACUUGCUGCAUUUAUCUGUAAAUCAAACCCAAUUGGCGAGCCUGUGCCUGUUGACAAAGCCGAGCAAAGCAUUUUUGGCUACGUCCUGAUGAACGACUGGUCAGCCCGAGAUAUCCAAACCUGGGAGUACGUUCCCCUCGGGCCAUUUAAUGCAAAGAAUUUUGCCACCUCCAUCAGCCCAUGGGUCGUCCUACCCGAUGCCCUUGAACCAUUUGCCACGUCCGGGAUUGCCAAUGACACGGAUUUUGCUGCUUACCUUAAGGAAAGUCGGGAAUUGAACCAAUACGAUAUCCGGCUCAAGGUUGAUCUGACAGCCCAGGAAGGCACCACCACCACCAUUACAGAGACAAGUAGCAAAAACUUAAUUUGGUCAUUCCCUCAAAUGAUCGCACAUCACACAUUUUCAGGGUGCCCGAUGCGCCCCGGUGACCUUCUCGGAAGCGGGACGAUCAGCGGUGUUGUGGGGUCGUGCCUUCCUUUUCGUCAACUAGCUAGCUAG